AUGUGGAAUCCAGUGCUCCUGUUGAGUGUGUUGGGCUCAAUGCCCUUGACAUUUGCAUCGCCUCAUGAGAUCAUCUUGCCGCGUGCAACUGAUUCAAGCUCUGCCUCAGUUGUUUCGAUCUCGGGCCCUCCAACUCGAUCGCAUCCGAGCUCCCAGCCACACACUCCUUUCAGUGGUACCCCGUCGACUACAGGUGCUUUGACAGCUGCCAAGAUUGGAUCGGGUAUUUCGAGUGGCACCGUACCUCACGCAGCUACAACUUAUCCAAGUGAUGGGAAGUUGCACAAUGCCGAGCCAGCUCCCUAUGUUCCCGCUGGAGGCAUUGGCACAAAUGGCACCAUUCCGGUCUACAAUGCCAAGAGUGACUUUGAUUAUGAGUCUCUUGCACUUGCACUGUAUCAAGAAUGGACCGAGCUCGAUCUUUUCCAGGAUGGAUUGCGCCGCUUUUCUGACCAGGACUUCAGGUCCGCUGGCCUGAACGCAGCAGACCGAAACCUGAUCGCCUAUAUGGCCGAGCAGGAGGUUGGACACGCGACCAUGCUGAGCAACCUCCUGGGCAACAGAGCACCCCAACAAUGCCAGUACAACUACCCCUACACCAACGUCAAGGAGUUCCUCGACUUCUGCCAGAAGCUUACUCGCUUCGGCGAGUCGGGCGUGUAUGGUUUCUUGGCCCAUUUGGACUCUCGUGAGGCAGCUAUAUUGCUGACCAAAUCCGUUACCACCGAGGCGCGCCAGCAGAUGAUCUUCCGUCAAUUCCAAGGACUUUUCCCCAUGCCCGUGUGGUUUGAGACCGGUAUCCCACAAUCGUGGGCCUGGACUCUGCUGGCCCCUUACAUUAGCUCAUGCCCCUCGAACCAGACCCGUUUGGUGUGGCAGAACUUCCCAGCUCUGCGGAUCCUCAACCAGCCCAAUGCCUCCAGCGGCGGCUCCAACAGUUCCGGAUCAAUGAACAACACCAUCUCACCGGGUACCAACGUGGUAAAGAGCUCCGGUGGUUCCAAGUCCGCAUCUGCAGGUUGCAAAAUUGCUCCAGACGGCUACUUGCCACUAUCCUUCCCUGGUCGUCGGGUUGCUCUUCAGUGGGAUAACCCUGGCUCGAGUGUCGGUCCGAACAACAGCUACAUCACCUCGUCGCAGGCAGGCAAGGCCAAAUAUGUUGCUUGGGUCUCGCAACUCAACGUGACUUAUACGCCACUCCGGGUCGAUAAUAACUCUCGCGGAUACACCACCCAGCCUGAUCUUGAGACUUAUCAGGGAGACCCUGCGAUUAAUGGCACGAUGUUUAUUGCCAUCACUGACAGCAAUCCGUAUUUGACACCGUUCAAUUUGAGCCUGAUCAAUCCUCACGUGGUUUCUGGACCUGCCAUCUACCAGGCUGGCUAA